CUAAUUUAACCCCAAAUGAAACUACGCCACUACCACUAUAAAGAAAGGAAUUCUUAUUCUUGUUUCACCUUCAGUCACUGAUCAACCAAUCUUGAUCGCCGGAAAAUAUGUCUUGCCUGAAUUUGAAGGGACUGUUUCCCACCACGAAGGUGUUGAAGCUCUUGUCCUCCAAGCUGCACCGCCUCAGCCGCUCCAAGGUCAUCAAGAAGCAGCAGCGGAAGACACCGUUGGGCGGCGACAAGGCGGCUAUCAUCAAGAAAGGUGGCUCCGGCCGAUGGCCGAAGCUAACCGGCAGGGGAAAGAAGAAGAAGUUUCAGUUCAAGACGACGAAAAGGAUCGAUUUUCAUAAGAAACCGGCGCCGGUGUAUAUAGACCAGCUAUUCGUGGAGCCCGUGAAGGAGCAUCCAGAGAUUCCGGAUGCCAAGUUGAAGAAAGAUGAUUGUGAUCAUCGUCUUGAUGAUGAUCAUGAAGCCUGUAGCAGUACGGCGGUUGACGGCGGCGGAGGAUCCGGUGAGGCCGAUGAUAUGUGGGAAGCCAUCGUGCUGGCUUCGCCGGAGAUGCACGGAAUCAACGAGAGGGCGGAGGAGUUCAUAUCCAAUUUCCGGGCAGAGAUGAAGCGCCAGGAAACUUUGGAUACUAAGCGCCGCUUGUAGUACUUCUUUCAUUUCUAUCUCAACUAAAACUUUCUAUAGGU